AUGGGUGGCGGCACGUCGAUAUGGGCCUCUCCAGAAUGGAAGUCCGACCCUCAAGAAAUCUUCAACCGGAGACUCUUCUACCUAGCAACAACAGUUGCUUUUGCUGGGUGCUCUUAUGGCUUUGAUCAGGGCAACAUCGGGGGUGUCCUGACUCUCCCAAGUUUCAAGAAAGCCUUUGGCUUAGAUGUCCUCUCUGAGAACGAAGCUGACCAAAGAGUGGCUGCAGGCGGCUCAGCAGGCGCGCUGAUAGCGGCACCCUUCGCUGAUUUCCUCGGGCGCAAGAAAUCAAUGAUUGUCUUUUCAGCCUUGUUUCUCAUCGGUGCAACGAUGCAAGAAAUCGCCCACCUAGGUGUGUUCUAUGCCGGCCGCUUUAUUGCCGGCCUGGCCAUCGGGGGGACUAGCAUGUUGGCACCGCAAUACCUCGGCGAGAACUCUCCAAAGUCGAUCCGUGGCUCUCUGACAACGUCGUACAAUUUGUGCAUCAUACUGGCCCUGAGCUUGGCAUUCUGGACAAAUUAUGGUGUAUCGCUGUGGCCUACUUCGAGCAAUUUGCAGUGGAAGCUUGCCCUGGGAAUCCAAAUCAUACCAGGAGGUUGCAUGUUUCUGAUGUUGUGGUUUGUCAUUGACACACCUCGGGCUCUGAUCGCGAAGGGCAAGAGGGAGAAAGGCCUCGAAAAUCUUUGCAAGCUACGAGGCCUCCCCUCUGAGCACCCGUACGUGGCUCAAGAAUAUAUGGAAGUUUGUGCCCAGGUCGAUUCCGAGCAAGAACUCACGAAAGGGUCGAACUACCUUGUCGUCAUCAAAGACAUCGCCACGAUACCGAGCAAUUCCCGUCGUUUCUUCCUUGCGACGUUCCUGUUCCUUUUCCACAAAUUCACUGGUACGGACAGCCUCAACUACUUUGCGCCGGAGAUUUUCGAAAUGAUCGGGGUACAGUCAGGCUCCCUGUCUUUGUUGACUACUGGCGUAUAUGGCCUUGUGAAGCUAGCAACUACUGUGAUCUAUGUUGCCUACAUCGUGGAUCGCGUUGGGAGAAGGCGACCACUUCUGGUGAGUGCUCCCAUCAUUGUUCAGUACGGACUCGAACCUGAUCAGAAUUUCAAGGUUGGCGCAGUGCUUCAAGCGACGGCUAUGCUGUACAUUGCCCUCUAUGUCAGGUUUGCGAAACCUGACUCUACCGGCGGCACCCCAGCUGGAGGCAUUGUCGGUAUAAUUUGGGUGUACAUAUAUGCUUUCGGAUGGUCCUUCGGAUGGUCAGUUGCGCCUUAUGUUGUGGCUGCAGAGAUUUUCCCUGCACGGAUACGCUCCUUCUCGAUGUCAAUUUGCUUCUUCAUCAACUGGAUUGUCGACUAUGGAAUCACCAAGGCCACUCCAAGCAUGAUGACCCAUCUCGGCUGGGGAACCUUCCUCCUUUAUGCGGUAUUGACUUACAUUGGCGCCGUGUUCGUGUUCUUUUGCAUGCCAGAGUUCAAAGGCCGCUCGAUUGAAUCUAUGGACGAUCUCUUCCAACACUCUAUCUGGACAAUGUGGCGACACGCUUACCCGACGGAGGAAGACAAAGUUCGUCACGAUGUGCAAGAGCAUAUACUUCAGAAGGGACGAGAUGAGGAGGAGGUUCAACCGGAGGCCAAAAAGUCUGAUAUCACAGUCAUCCACCAGGAAUAA